AUGUCUGGCGGACCCUCAGCCGAGCUUCUUGUGUAUCUGGAUGAACUUGAGGACUCCCAUUCAGCCCUGAGUGAUCAGGCAGAUGUGUUGGUACUUUACCGCCUGAUAAACCGGCUCAAUAGCCUCUGUGAACGACUGGAGAAUGAGAUGCCACCCCACUCCCUGCUUCCUCUCCCAACCCAGCUCUCAACAAAGUUAUCGGUGCUCAAAGCGGAUCAAUCUCUCUUUGAGGAUGUCUGCGUUCUACCCACGGGGAACAAGAUCCCGCGGUGGCUUGAUGACUCUGAUGUCAGGGAUGGGAUUCAGAGUAUGCACAGUCUGGACCGGUGUCGAGAGGAACUCGCACGACUGAAUCUUGAGAGGGAGAACCUCCAAAAUGUACUGGAAGAAGAGCGGUUGAUUUGCCACCAGUGCCUCCACACUACCAAAGACCCCACACUGAUCUACCUACUCAACGUCCAUAUGGAUCAAAUUCUGCUUCUAACCGAGCACUGGCAACCUUCUUUCAAAAACUACACGAUGCACACAUCCAGCGGCGGCCAGAUCACUCUCAGCGAUCGUGCAAAGGCAUCAGCAAGCAAUCUUUUCUCACAACACCAUCGUGCCAACGCAUCCGCACCUCUGCCAGUCGUUGAAGCAGAUGCAUCAGCAGACAAUCCUUUCCUCACUGAUGCAUCCGCACAGAGCCAGGGCAACAUGCAAGUGGCUCCAUCUGCUCCAUCAGCAUAUCUCCAUUUGCCAACGUCUCUCGAAGACGUCGAGGACGAAGUCCUUGAUGGAUUUACAGACAUAGAGGAUAUCAAUCUUGCCUUGGAAGUGUUGAAUGUGACUGAGAGUGACGAUACAACAAUACCGGAUGAGGGCUCAGUACAAAUCCACAUCAGAUGGGACCUUCCCCUAAUAGAGCUCAAAUAUGACCUUGGCCUGUUCUCUGAACUGCAGGCAAGGAACAACCGCUUGUCGAAGUCUUCAGCACAGCUCUCACACAUUAUUGUUCGGGGAGGCUCCCUCCCUAAUAUCAUAAUUGAGCCAGCUGAUCUAGCCCGGAUUAUAGACCAUCAUGGAUUGCUGAGUGGGCAGUGCAUCAACGGUGUUGCGGCCUCUUUCCAGGCUUUGUUUUUGCAUGUGCACAGCCCUCAUCACCUUGCUGCUUGUUGA